CAUAGCCAUUUUCUCACAAAGACAAAACGAGCUUUCAAGAGUUGCAGAAAGAAAGAACAGCCAUCAGGAUUCUUCUGCUUUCAAUCGGAUUGCCAUUGAUUUCCAAAAUCUCAAUCACGAAUCUGUUCUUCGGCUCAACAAUUAUGGAAGAUUCGUCGUCUCAAUCCUUCUUCAGGAAGCACUGGGAGGGCUACAAGGAAUUUUGGUCCGAGAGAUUCUCGAUCCUCGACAACUAUGCCCCCUACGUCCAGCGCGAGAAGCCCCUUCCUUCAUGGUCUUCCUCCGAUGUCGAGGCCUUUAUUGCUUCCGACCCCGUCCAUGGCCCCACUUUGAAGACUGCUAGAGAAGCUGUAAACUUUGGUCUUACAGGAAGUGUUAUUGGAGCUGUUUCAACUGCAGGUGUUGCAUGGAAAUAUUCAAGAAGUUUGCACGGCGCUGGGCUGUCGUUCCUAGCGGGAGGUGUAUUCGGUUGGACUUUCGGCCAUGAAGUUGCAAAUCACUGGUAUCAACUCUACAGGCUCGACACCAUGGCUGCACAAGUCAAGUUUAUGGAGUGGUGGAGAAACAAGAAUGAGGGACGUUUUUAAACUCUGAUUUGCAGUUGAAGAUGCAGUCACUCAUACUGCUGCUGCCCUCUGAAAUAAAAAUGAAGUGCAACUUUGUUGAAAUACAAUGGUUGAUUGGUUUGUUUUGUGCUGGAUUCUUCCAAUCCAAGUUUAGAGGACUUCAUCCUUUUUUCUUCUUCUGGAAAUUACUGAUACAUUUGCAAACUUGUUACAAAUGUAAUCAUCUUUACCAAAAGGUCGCUUCGAUCUUGGAAAGAUUAUUGAAUGAGGUCACCAUAAUGCAUCGGUCGUUAAUAAUGAUUCAAAA